AUGACACCAAGUUCUUUGUCCCCGCAUUACGCGGCUCAAUCUCCUUCAGGACGUAAACCUGACUUGGUAGCGAAGGAGGUGCUGGAAUGGUGGCAAACCAACGGAAAGCACCCGUUCAUCCAGCCCCACAUCUCGUCACCGAGUAAUGUGGGUGCGAACUUGCCAGAGAACUUACCACUAGGUGAUAAGGUCCAGCUCAUUCGACUACCAGUAGCUUCACCGUCAGCCGUUAAAGAGUUCAGUCAGGUUAGCAGUGAAGAGCCAGCACAUCUCACCACAGGCACAAAAGGUGCCCAAAAAUUACUACGGAAAAACCCAAAUAUAUUCCAAAGUGGUAUUAAGCAAUAA